GAGAGUGUAGGAGAGAGAGAGAGAGAGACCAGGAGAGAGAAGGGGAGGGAAAGCUUGUGCGGCUUCCUUCCAGCAAAGCAAUAAACGCAUUCGGAUUUGUAAGAUUUGCAACCAUCACCCCACGAGGACGAAAUCACAGACCAGCCCAGGAGCAUUUUCCAUCACCAGCCUAACUCGAUUUUUGCCAUUCAAUAAGAAGUUGCGGACUCAGUUUUUGCCUCCGUUUCCAGACGCUGAUGAUGGUGAUGGUGAUGAGAAAGGAAUGGGAUUUAACGUGCGGGUGCACAGCGUGACAUGCCCCUGAUCUGAAAACGAAGUACGCUGGGAUUGCUGGCUGGCUGGCUUCCUUGGGUUUGUUGAGCUGGCGGUGUCGCCUGCGCCACGUUCUAGACGCCCAAGGGGGAUCAGCAUCACUUUGAUAAGAAUAGAAAUAAAUACAUAAGUAAACGAGACGUGGAGAGCAAGAGAGGGAGAGAGCGAAGAUGACGAACCUGGACAGAACUGUGAAUUUGUUCUCUGGAGUUGUUAAUUUGCCACCCCCGAGCAACACCUCUUGGCUCAAGGAGGAAGCGUCCGCCUUGCCGAUUGCCGGCUGAUUUCGCUCACCCCCAGCCCAGCCCCCCAGCCCAAUACGAAUUUGGUGGCUUGUACCAAAUGCAUUGUAUGGUGGUUUCUCGGUGUCUUGGAAAAACGGAUCCUUCCCCAGCUGCUGCAUUUCAUCAGCACAAGCUAGAGCGGCAAUUGGCUGUCUGGAAGGAAGAGCCCUGAUGUGAUGCAUCCUGCAGUCCUCUUCUUGCGAGCCAGGCAGCACUCCUUGGUGGAAACCUUGCAAUCCAAACAUCCCAAGAAGGAGCUAUAAACACAUUAUCAUGGACCUGAGGGAUUUUUACCUGUUGGCUGCCCUGAUUGCCUGUUUAAGGCUGGAUUCUGCUGUAGCUCAAGAACUUAUUUACACAAUCCGAGAGGAGCUGCCAGAAAACGUCCCCAUUGGGAACAUACCAAAGGAUUUGAACAUUUCUCACAUCAAUGCUGCCACAGGAACCAGCGCGAGUCUUGUCUACAGACUGGUCUCCAAAGCAGGGGAUGCCCCUUUGGUCAAAGUAUCCAGCACCACAGGGGAGAUCUUUACCACCUCCAACAGGAUUGACAGAGAACGGCUCUGUGCUGGAGCUGCCUAUGCUGAAGAAAACGAGUGCUUCUUCGAACUAGAGGUUGUGAUUCUCCCCAAUGACUUUUUUCGGUUGAUCAAGAUCAAAAUCAUUGUGAAGGAUACCAAUGACAAUGCCCCCAUGUUUCCAUCCCCGGUCAUCAACAUCUCCAUACCCGAAAACACUCUGAUCAACAGCCGCUUUCCAAUCCCCUCAGCCACAGAUCCUGACACCGGUUUCAAUGGGGUGCAGCACUAUGAACUACUGAAUGGGCAAAGUGUCUUUGGGCUGGAUAUUGUGGAAACUCCAGAAGGGGAGAAAUGGCCUCAGCUGAUUGUGCAGCAGAACUUGGACAGAGAGCAGAAAGACACCUAUGUGAUGAAAAUCAAAGUUGAGGAUGGAGGAACCCCCCAGAAAAGCAGCACUGCCAUCCUCCAGGUCACAGUAAGUGAUGUCAAUGACAACAGGCCAGUCUUUAAAGAGAGUCAGGUGGAGGUUCACGUCCCAGAGAAUGCCCCUGUAGGGACCUCGGUCAUUCAGCUUCAUGCCACAGAUGCAGAUAUAGGAAGCAAUGCAGAAAUCAGAUAUAUUUUUGGUGCCCAGGUUGCUCCUGCAACUAAAAGACUCUUUGCUUUAAACAACACCACUGGGCUGAUUACAGUUCAGAGGGCCUUAGACCGAGAAGAGACUGCUAUUCACAAGGUGACAGUGCUGGCCAGUGAUGGUAGCUCUACACCUGCCCGGGCAACUGUUACCAUCAAUGUGACUGAUGUUAAUGAUAACCCCCCUAACGUAGACCUCAGGUACAUUAUAAGUCCCAUCAAUGGCACAGUGUACUUAUCUGAGAAAGAUCCUGUCAAUACCAAGAUUGCCCUAAUUACAGUCUCAGAUAAGGAUGCUGACGUGAAUGGCAAAGUGAUCUGUUUCAUUGAGAGAGAGGUGCCGUUUCACUUGAAGGCCGUUUACGACAACCAGUACUUGUUAGAGACCUCCUCCCUGCUGGACUAUGAGGGCACCAAAGAAUUCAGCUUUAAAAUAGUUGCCUCUGAUUCUGGCAAGCCCAGCUUGAACCAGACUGCCCUGGUAAGAGUUAAGCUGGAGGAUGAAAAUGACAACCCUCCCAUUUUCAGCCAGCCUGUAAUUGAGCUGUCGGUUUCCGAAAACAACCGCCGUGGUCUGUACUUAACAACUAUUAGUGCCACGGAUGAGGACAGUGGGAAAAAUGCAGACAUUGUUUAUCAGCUUGGCCCCAACGCCUCCUUUUUUGAUCUGGAUCGAAAGACAGGGGUUUUGACAGCCUCCCGGGUCUUUGACAGAGAAGAGCAGGAGAGGUUCAUUUUUACUGUUACGGCCCGAGACAACGGGACACCUCCCCUGCAAAGUCAAGCUGCUGUAAUUGUUACUGUCCUGGAUGAGAAUGACAACAGUCCUAAAUUCACUCAUAAUCACUUUCAGUUUUUUGUGUCCGAGAACUUACCAAAGUAUAGCACUGUUGGCGUGAUCACGGUGACCGAUGCAGAUGCAGGCGAGAAUAAAGCUGUGACCCUUUCCAUCCUAAAUGACAAUGAGAACUUUGUUCUGGAUCCUUACUCUGGAGUUAUAAAGUCAAAUGUUUCUUUUGAUCGAGAGCAGCAGAGUUCCUAUACAUUUGAUGUCAAGGCCAUUGAUGGAGGACAGCCGCCUCGUUCUUCUACCGCAAAGGUCACCAUCAAUGUCAUGGAUGUUAAUGACAACAGCCCUGUGGUCAUCUACCCACCUUCUAACACUUCUUUUAAGCUGGUGCCUCUCUCGGCUAUCCCUGGCUCUGUAGUGGCUGAAGUGUUUGCAGUUGACAUUGACACCGGGAUGAACGCUGAACUUAAAUAUACAAUUGUUAGUGGAAACAACAAAGGUUUAUUUCGUAUUGAUCCGGUGACAGGUAACAUAACCUUGGAAGAAAAACCUACUCUUACUGAUGUGGGGCUGCAUCGGCUAGUGGUCAACAUUAGUGAUCUGGGUUAUCCUAAAUCCCUGCAUACUCUUGUCCUUGUGUUUUUGUAUGUCAACGACACAGCGGGAAAUGCCUCUUAUAUUUAUGACUUGAUCCGCAGGACUAUGGAAACGCCCUUGGAUCGAAACAUCGGGGACAGCAGCCAGCCCUAUCAGAAUGAGGACUACCUUACAAUCAUGAUUGCUAUUGUUGCAGGUGCCAUGGUUGUCAUUGUGGUGAUAUUUGUCACUGUUCUGGUCCGCUGCCGCCAUGCUUCCAGGUUCAAAGCUGCCCAGAGGAGCAAGCAAGGUGCCGAGUGGAUGUCUCCCAAUCAGGAGAACAAACAGAACAAGAAAAAGAAGCGGAAGAAAAGGAAGUCUCCUAAGAGUUCCCUGUUAAAUUUUGUUACCAUUGAGGAAUCCAAACCUGAGGAUGCAGUUCAUGAACCUAUCAACGGGACAAUUAGCCUACCAGCUGAGCUGGAGGAGCAAAGUAUAGGAAGAUUUGACUGGGGCACUGCACCACCCACCACCUUUAAGCCUAACAGCCCUGAUCUUGCUAAGCAUUACAAAUCUGCCUCUCCACAGUCCGCUUUCCAUCUUAAGCCUGACACUCCUGUCUCGGUGAAAAAACAUCACGUGAUUCAGGAACUCCCUUUGGACAACACCUUUGUUGGGGGUUGUGACACCCUUUCCAAACGCUCUUCCACUAGUUCAGAUCACUUCAGUGCCUCAGAGUGCAGUUCCCAAGGAGGCUUCAAGACAAAGGGCCCCUUGCACACCAGACAGGCACUGAAUUGUGGAGAUAUGCCGAAGUACUUGUGGGAGAUUUGGGUACCUGACAAACCAUGGGUGUCCCAGCGCCGUGUUACGUUUCACCUCCCAGAUGGCUCCCAGGAAAGCUGCAGUGACAGUGGUCUAGGAGAUCAUGAGCCUGUGGGUAGUGGAACCCUGAUCUCACACCCUCUCCCUCUGGUUCAGCCGCAGGACGAAUUCUACGACCAGGCCUCACCGGACAAGAGGACCGAAGCUGAUGGCAACUCUGAUCCCAACUCUGAUGGACCUCUUGGCCCUCGAGGAUUAGCUGAAGCUACCGAGAUGUGCACUCAAGAAUGCCUGGUGCUGGGUCAUUCAGACAACUGCUGGAUGCCUCCCACAUUGGGUUCAUACCAGCAGCCAAAGUCUCCACUCUCCACCUUUGCACCUCAGAAAGAAUGGGUAAAGAAAGACAAACUGGUGAAUGGACACACGUUGACAAGAACCUGGAAAGAAGAUAGCAACAGAAACCAGUUCAGUGACCGAAAGCAAUUUGGUUCGGGUGAAGGCCAUUUCAACCCUGGCAAUCACAUGACUGACAUUCCUUUGGCUAACUUGAAGUCCUAUAAACAAGCCUCAGGAGCAGUGGAGAGUCCAAAGGAGAACCAGCUAUAAGGAAUGGCUUCUUUGGAACAGUGACUUUAGCCUAGUUAGACUUGCUAAUACUGUGUGUGUGUGUGUCAGAGCUUUAUGUACUGGGUAGACCUCUAGAACUAUGCGUCACAUAGCAGAGAUAUGCAUAACUUUGUGGUAGCUCCAUGGAACUGCAACACAAAAGAGCAUUUCUACUAGUUGUGUGGUUUUGUUAAAUAGACAUAAUCAAACUCUUACAGAGAAUCUCUCCAGUUUUCAAAUAUCUUAAUUUGUCUAGUUUAUUUUGGGAAGGGAUUGAGAAUUCGGGGCUGUUUUUUCUUUUCUUUGUUUUUUGACCCUGGACUGCUGCUGAGAACAGUAGAAGAUACAUUUGGAGAAUGGGAGAAAGAGAGAGAAAAGGUGGAUUGCAAUUCUUAAAAAGCAUAUCCAAUUAGGAAAUUGUGUUCUUGUUGCCAUUGAUCUUGUGCUGGGACUGCUAUACUUGACAUCUUUACUGAAACAAAACAACUAAAAUUACAAACAUUAAACCUACUGUGCUAUUAACUAUGUUAGUGGACACUUGUUAAGUCAAUCAGUGUUCAAGUACUUGUAAAUAGGAUCAAUUAUUAUUAAUAACUUUUGUGUACUUAUAACGUUCACCUAAAAAAAAUACUGUAGCAUAAUUCUGUGUUUCACAGUUGUUUUUUUCCUACCUUAUUUCAUUUGCUUCCUGUUUUGUUUUGUUUUUAAAUUCCUUUCUUUUGGUGAUGGUGUUUCUGUGUUGGUAGUCUGUCUGACACACAAUGUUCCAAGGAACUCAAAACACUUGUGUUAGAAACUCUGGGGGGAAAGGUAAAAACAAACAAAAAUCCUUUUAUUUUGAUGCUGUUCAGUUUAACAACUAUUUGCCAAUUCAAAAGGGGGGAAAAGAUGGACUUGGAGCAAGGGCUUUGAAAUUUUAGCAUAUUUAUUAUUAUUACUAUUCUGAUUUGCAAAGCAAAAGGGGGUUGAAAGGGGACAUCAGUCGCGAUAGCAGCUGAAUACAUCACUUUUCGUGAGAAACUCUGAGGUGUUAGCUGCAAUCACACUGGAGAUUGUGAUAUUAAUCAAAAUUGCAUUAGGUGGAGGAUAAUUUGCCAAGAACACAAUCUGCCAAGUAGUUCCCCUGCACAAGCCCCACUGAAAUUAAUCGGAGCUGCCCAGAUGCCCAUUUCUUUCAGUGGAGCUUGCACAGGAGAACUACCUGGUGCAUUGUACACGAUGCCAAUAUCUAAUAAUUGCUUUCUUUAUAAUUGGGCCAAGUGUGUGUCUAUAACUAAGACAGUUUGUAUUGCUCAAAUGGCAGAGGUUGUGUUGAUCUUCAUCUGCAUUGAUGUUGUAGUAACACAAGUGUUUUUAGAUCAUAGCCACAAAAUAUUUAAUGUGUUGUGCCUUCAUGAUGUAACCAAGCAUUCUCCUGGUAGGCUAGUUGGGGGAAACGAAAGGGUUCAAUCUCUAAUUCUUGCUGUUUAACUAUUUGUUAUCAUAGUUGGUCAAUGCCUGGCAGGUACCAGUGUCACGUCACUUGAAUCCAACCAGCAAAGUGACUCCUAAUGUUAAUAAGAUCUCAGUUGCACGUCUAACAAAUCCUGAUCAGAACAUUCUUAGGCGUUUUUUUCUUACGGCAUGACAGACAAUUUAAACAAAUAGCAUGCAACAUAGGGAAACAAAUUCCUUAAAGAAAAAAGCGAAAAGUUAUCUUAUGCCACAGUUAAACAUCAGUCUUAAAAUAAAUACAAAAAAUAAAGGUAGCUAAUAUUGAUUAAUUUGUUCUUACCAAAACAUUAAUAAAAAUAAAACUAACUGAAGUUAUUUUGUAUAUAGCAGUUCACAUUUUCUUUCCUCCACAGUAUACGAGCAUAAAAUGGGCUAGGGGUGCAUUGCUUAUUGCGGUACAUAUGUCAGUUUGUGAGGGGUGUUUGAUGACUUUGACCGAAUAAAUAUCUAAACAGUUAUCCUUGUUACUGCUUUGCCAGUUCAACGUUAUUUACAGUUAUUCAGCUCUUGCAAUAAAUGUUCUGAAUUCCUGGUUGUCUUGUGGGAGUUCUUGGCCUAAUGACUUUCUAAAUCUUUCCUGAUUAAGCACUUCAACAACAACAACAAAGUCAUUGUGAGGCAUUCAGGGGCAGAGGGGAACCGAAAGGAGAAAUCUUGUCCCAUUGUUAAGAAUGGCAGAGAAUUAUGGCAGUGGGUAAGAGUGUAGCAAAGAAAAAUGCUUAAAAGAAGAUGCAGACAGAGGCAAACAGAACAUAGGCAGCUACCUUAUACCAAGUCAUACCAUUCGUCCAUCUAGCUCAGUACUGCCUACACUGACUGGUUGCGGCUCCCCCAGGGUUUCAGCAAAAGAUUACCCAAGCCCUACCUGGAGAUGCCAGGGACUGAACCUGGGGCCUUCUACAUGCAUAGCAGAUGCUCUGCCACUGAACUAUGGCCCCAGUAUGCAAAGGACAAACGGAGCCUCCAUUUGACUCUGGCAGAGCGUGUCAUAUGUCAAAGGUGGGCUGCUGCAAAUUGGUCCCCUCCUUUGAGUUUGCUAUUUCCAUUUAUGUGCUUCUGUUUGAGCAUCGCCAAUCUCUUGGUGGGGCUGAAGGAUUUGUUAUAGGCCUUAUUACACCAGUGAAUGAGGGGAUAGGCGGAGUUGGUAUCACUAGUCAUAGUUUCCAGAUUCUUCUUCCCAACACACUGUUGUCUGCUUUGCACGUAAUCUAUUUCCAUUUACAGGCAGAUAUAGGUUCAACAUUACCCCUUCUCCUUAAAGAAUUUUCAUGAACAUUAUCAAGAUUAUUGUAACUCCCUUCAAACUCCUAAAACUGUAUGACCAAAACAUUGCCAUCCACGUUCAUCUCAAGUUUCACUUCUGGAUAAAUUCUGUGGCAAAUUUAAGGUGUGUGAAGUCCUGCUUUGAGAAUGUUAACUAAUUCUGUUUCCAGAGGAGAAAUUAUUCCUGUACAAUUCCUAUAGAUGUUUUUCCUGAGCAGGACCUUCAAAAUUGGCCUCCAGCUAUACUUUCACAGGUCAAAUGUGAAGCUAUCUAAGUUGCUCUUUGGCAAUGUUCAUUUGUUCAGAUGACAGCUUUACUGUCAGUGUUGCCUGGGAUAUAUACAUUUGUUUAUGGUAUCUGUCCUGAAAUAGUCUGUGGUCAAACCCCCUCAUAUGUAUGCAACCUUUAAAAGAAAAAAGCAAGGCUAUAUUCUCCCCACAGCUCAUAUAUUGCCCUCUCUCUCCUUCAGUACAUUUGUACAAUUAUUAAGCUGCUGAAACAGUAUUUGGGUUAGUACCGCAGUAAUGCCUAUGCAAUAUAAAUAAAGUUUAAUAAACUAACAA